CGUGGUAUGCCAUGGUAUACAGCCAAGAUCGCGUUCUCCUUGUAGAUGACUUCCCCUCGCUCAACCGGCAAUCCACGGUGUCGCGUCUGCUUUCGGCACCAUCUCCGAGUUUCCGACAGAUAUUACCAGUCUCAUGGAUCAAACCGUGGAUCCGUGCACCGACUUCAUUUCGUAUUCAUGCGGGACGUGGUACAAUAAGACCACCCUCCAUAGCAAAGCCACAAUCAAUAUGUUCACCGUGAUUGCCGCUGCGGCGGACAAGGUGAUCGAAAAGUUGUUUAACGCCAAGCUGCCUAAACUCGCCGAGUUCUAUGACUCAUGUAUGAACACUGACACAAUAGACACCUUGGGCUUGGCUCCCAUCGAAGCCCACCUCAAGGCGAUCCGCAGCGCCAACUCUACCGUCGAAGCUAUCUUUCGCGGCGCGGCCAUCUCCAACGCCACCGGCGUGAAUCUGUUCGUGAAGUUGUCGAUCUGGCCCGACGACGCCGACGUCACCCGCAACAUCUUGAGUGCCGAACACCCGGGAUCGCCGUUUGGCCGAGAAUAUUUCCACGAACCAUUGUGGGCCGAUGUUGAAAAGCCGUACCGUAAAUACCUUGCCACGAUCUUCACGCUGGCCGGCCACGCGGAGGUGGAGGCGGCCAUUGAUGUCGUGAUUGAUUUUGAACGCCUCUUUGCCGGGGUAGUUCUGUCCAAUCGCAGGCUCCAAUCGGCCGUGACGUCCGACAACAUCCAGUUGUCGCUCAGCGCCGCCAACGCGUCGUAUCCAUUGGGGGUAGGUCUCCAAUUGCAAGCGUUUGGGUUCGACGUCGGCGAAGGGUCCAACACGACCACAGUCGUUUUGAGGAACAUCCGUUAUUUAGAUGGCAUAGAAGGGCUUCUCCCGUCUUGACCGUCGACAGCCUCAAGACCAUUAUCGAGUACAAAGUGCUCGACUUCAACGCGCCGUUCCUGUCAACACCGUUUGUGGAAGCACACUCGAACUUCUUUAAGAUUAAAAAUGGCCUCAAAGUACCCCCGUCGCGGGCCAUGAUCUGCCGCACUCAGGUGCAGACAUCCAUGGGCGAACUACUGGGCUCGUACUAUCUCAAGGAAGUGUGGACAACCGAUACUGCCGCGUUCGCCGACUCGCUCGUGCUGAAGCUGAAAGCGGCCUUCAAGACCGAACUGGAAAGUGCGGGGUGGCUCGAUGACACAACUCGGGCCAACUGCACGACCAAGAUGUCCAAGCUCGCCCAACUCUUGGGGGGGCCUAAGAACCCCAAGACGUACCCCACCUUGACGUUUGACCCCAAGGCUUACAUUGCCAACCUGAACAAGGUGUCUGCGUUCGACACUGCGUUCAAACUAGCUCAGAUCGACACUGCCGUGGACAAGCAGAUUUGGGUGGAUACACCUGCGUAUGACGCGAAUGCGGGGUACCAUGAGGCGACAAACACGCUCUUGUUUCCCGCCGCCAUCUGGCAGCCCCCGUUCUACUAUGCCAAGGCGGACCCGUCCGUGAACUAUGCCGCCAUUGGCAGUACCAUCGGCCACGAAAUCACCCACGGCUUCGACAUCGACAGCGACGGCAAAAUUAAUCUGUUGUGGACUGCUAACGUGACGAAAACGUUCGACGAAAAAGCCAAGUGCUUCAUCGAGCAGUAUGGGUCCAUGGACGUCAAGAGCGAGCUCACGGGUGAUUUUCUCGGCAAGUUGGACGGCAAAUUGACACUGCGGGAAACUAUCGCCGACAAUGGGGGCCUCAACACUGCGUACCGGGCGUACCGGGACUACGUGCACGCUGAGGCCGAAGCCACCAAAUACACCAAGGAAACAGGCAAAAAGAUGUUUUGGAUCUCGCACGCCCAAUUGCAGUGCGCAAAGAACAGCGACGAGUACCUCCAGUAUCUGCUCACCCGCGAACACCCCCCUGGUCGCUACCGCUUCAUCGGGUCAGUUCAAAACUCGGUCGAUUUUGCCAAGGCGUUCAACUGUCCUGUGGACUCGCCCAUGAACCCGACCAAGAAGUGUGUUUUGUGGGAAUAGAUUUAUAAACUCGAUGAAUGCUUCCAAGUGAUGUAAAUCAAGAGGUGGUUUUGGCAC